ACUCUGAAAUAAAGAUACUGUAAAGUGUUAUUCGAAAAAAAAGAUUGAAACAUCUCCGUUAAGAUUAACGAGGUACUCACAAACGUUUUUGUGAGCUGUUAACUGGCCCGUAAUAACAUCUGAAAUAAUCGAGUAAACCCUAUACAGUUGCAGUAAACAUAAAACAUAUAUCAUCAGGGUGUCGAGAAAGAAAACAAUUGACAAGAAAUUGGUAUGUGAAAAAAGCAUAGCAAUAAAGUAAAAUGGAAAGAAGAUCAGAAUUUGGGGUUUGCAUAGAAUCUGAACUUGAAAGAAACAGCCGAGUCUUAGACUCAGUGGAAGAUGCACUAGAGGGACAAAACAGCAUUGAGAGAUGCAUUGUUGAACAUAGCGAAGAAAGUACAAGCCAAAUGUAUGCUAAUGAGAGUUUGACACCAGCCAGUGAUAUUACUGACGAAGAAGACAAAAUUACGUCACCAUUGAAUAACAGGGAAAACAACACAGUAAACCACAGUGCCACUCCACGAUUUCUUCUAAAAUACUGCCAGUUUAUCGAAACACACCUUUGUAUUUCAUUUGCUGCUACACUAGGAUUGCAUACAUCAAUCGUGAUAACAACUAUACUGCUGAUAGUCAAAAGUUAUAACGUCUUUCCAAUAAGUUUUCAAGACUUGCCAUUGGUUCUUUAUAAUGAUACCUCGCAUACACAAGAUCUGGCAUGGCGGUAUGCAAUGCAUUACAAAAAUAAAGUCAUACAUCCCAUUGUUGGUGUUAAACCUCGAAAACAGCUUUCAGAAACACUCGAACUUAUAUUUGAAGGCGAUGAUAUUUUCUCGGAGAUAAAUAUGAAGUUACUGAAUGAAACAGAAUCGAAAUUGUUCUAUAGACAAGACUUUCAAGCCGAGUUUUGCUACCCUAGUCUCCAAAAUGGUUGCGAGAAAUCCAUAUCAGUUCUCCGGCUCUUUGAUGGCACGUAUUCAGAUGUUGACAGAGUCUUCAAUUCAGGGUCCUUUAAAAACGCAUCAAGUAUCAUAUGUAAAGCCGUCAAGAAUAAUAAAACCAGAGUGUUUCUCCUACCACUUUUGGAAAAGGGUUAUGAUCCUUGUAAUGGAAACCAGAUUUCGUCAAGAACACGAAUAUUUAUGUUAUUUAGUUGGAAAUCGAAAGAACAUUAUAAUGAAAAUAAAUAUCGAGAAUAUAUGGUUUUGAAAAUUCAAAAAGAGAUAAUAAGAAUCCAAGACGAGGUACUAGACGGACAUAUGACCGUAUAUUAUUAUAGCAUUAAGAUGUAUCUGUAUGAUGUUUAUAAUGAAGCAUUUAGAAAUAUGAAGUUAGCUAUUGGAAGUUUUUUGUUUAUUUACAUAUUCAUGUGGUUCCAGACUAAGUCUUUCUGGAUAACAUUUUUUGGAAUACUGAGUAUUUUCACGAGUUUUCUCUUAACAAAUCUUAUAUAUAGGUUUGUUCUUCAGUAUAAAUAUUUUGGAUUUUUUCAUAUUAUUUCUGUGUUUAUAAUUCUUGGAAUUGGGGCGGAUGAUAUCUUUAUAUUCUAUGACACUUGGAUACUAUCAAAACAUACCAGAUAUCCAUCGAAAGCUCAUCGUCUCGCAGACUGUUAUUUGAAAGCAGCAAAAACGACAUUUGUGACAUCGCUAACAACCAUGGCAGCGUUUCUUGUGAGUGCGCCUUCCCCGUUGAUGCCCGUUGCUUCUUUCGGAAUCUUUACAGGAAUGCUCGUUGGUGUAAACUUUUUAUUUGACCUCACAUGCUUUCCGAUCGUAAUUUUGUUUCACUCUGAAAUAAUAACGCCAUGUUUUGCUAGACUGGUCCCAUGUUCUAGGACAACAAUGUCGGUACGAACAGAAAGUCAAGAGAUAUUAAUUGCAGCACACCAAAACCGAACAUUUUGUGAUAACAAUGAUGGCUCCCAAGAUAGGACUUAUCACCAGCUGCAGCUACAAGAUAAAGCGAACGAGGAAAAUGAAACAAUACUUGACACAGUACAUCAUAUCGAAAAUAAAAAUAAAGUAGUUUGGUUUUUGGAGAAUAAAUUCUACAAUUUUAUGAUUUGGAAACCAGUUAGAAUAGUAAUACCCCUUAUUUUCCUAGUGAUAACUGCAUUUUUUACAUACAGCGCUACAACUUUAGAAGCUGACAGUUCACAGGUUAAAGUUUACAGAGAAUCCAACAACUAUGCAAAAGCUAUAGACCGCCAUUUCUCUGGGUUCCAACAGAACUAUGAUGACAGUUACAACAAGGUUCAUCUCACGUGGGGCAUGAAGCCACAAAAUAUGGAAUCAUGUGACUGGAAGUCAGGUGACUCUUGUACAGGACAGUCUGAAAUCGAUGAACAUUUUGAUAUGUCGUCAGCAGAAGCACAAAUCUCGCUCAUGAAUUUGUGCCGACGAUUAGAAAAUUUUACAGAUGAAGAAAUAACAUCCUACGGAAUAAAAAGGAACCUAGUGACUUACAAACCAGAAAUAGCAUGUUUUAUGUCGGCCUUAUAUAAAUUUAUACAGAAUAAUGGUUAUUUGGAAAAUAUUCCUUUUCCAUUUACAAAAGAAUCUGUUGUUCCGUUCAUGAAAAAGAAUUUGCAGAUAUACAACAUAUCAAGUAUACCAAUAGAUUUUAACAGAUAUUUUGAGAUUCUUGUAUCGUAUUGGCUAACUAAUGGAUAUACACACACCCUCACUGAAGACUUCUUGACAUAUCAUCGUCUCAUUGGUGAGAUGACAAUACCAGGAGUAACGCAACAGUUCAACAGAUCGUCGUAUAUAGGAACGUAUGGAACAAGAUUGCGAGUUGUUGCAAUAGAAAUCAACACAACAUUUAUGUUUCAAAACCUUGGAUAUCGAGAAGGCAAACCAAUCUAUCAUUUGUGGGAAAAAUUUAUACAGCAGGAGGUAUCAAAGAUGCCAAGUUCUAUGAAAAGUGGCUUCCAAUCUACGCAAGAAUCGUGGCACUGGAUAAAAAUUCAAGAGACCCUUGUGAAAUCUGCAGUGAGAGGUGUUGUCAUUGGAAUAUCAUUGGCAUUUCCAAUUUUAACUAUUACGACACUGAAUGUGGUGAUUGGCUUUCUUGCUACCAUUUGUAUUACUAUGAUAACCAUGGUUGUGGUUGGUUUAAUACCAUUGAUUGGAUGGAAACUAGGGGUUUUAGAAUCGAUUAAUCUGAGUUUGAUCGUAGGAUUAUCAGUUGAUUAUGUGGUGCAUUUUGCAGAGGCAUACAGAACCUCGCCAUUUACCGAUCGGAAAGGUCGCGUAAAGAGCAUGUUAGAAGCCAUGGGUCUGUCUGUAUUAUCAGGGGCGAUAACAACCUUUGGUGCUGCUGUUUUUAUGCUGUUUGCUGAAAUCCAAUUUUCAUAUCAAUUUGGAAUAUUUGUGAUGUGCACAAUCGGAACAUCUUUUCUGUUUUCAUUUCUGUUAUUUCCUGCAUUUAUGGCAUCAUGGGGACCUGAGGGAAAUACUGGGUCAAUUCCAGCAAUUGUGAAAGCGAUGAAAUUGAAGUGUCAAAGGAAACAGAAAUAUGUGAGGGUUAAUUGCGAUGAAACGUAUGAUUCAGACAUUGAACUAUUGAGUUAAUGGCGGAGAUACGUGUGAUUCAGGCAUUGAAUAAACCGCCGAGAUUAUCACAAUGAUUCGGACGAUUGAGAAAUUGAAUUGUUGAGUUUAUUGCGAUGAGACGCGCGAUUCAGACAUUGAAAUACUAGUAUAAAAUUAUACUGAAAUUAUUACCGUAUGAAACGGACGCUUCAGACAUUGAACUAUCGAGUUAAUUGCAAAGAACGUAGGGUUCAGACAUUAAACUUUUGAGAUAUUUGCUAUAAUAUGUAAUUCAUACAUUGAACUGUUGAGUUAAUUGCGAUGACACAUGCAAUUCAGACAUUUACAUUUGAGAGUAAUUGAAUGGUACGGGUGAUUUAGACAUCAAACAAUUGAGAUUAUUGCGAUGAUAAAUGCGAGGUAUUACAUCUAUGAUGCGAGUGACACAUUCAAAUAUUAUGUUAGUUGUGAUGUAACGUGCGAUUCAGAAUUGAACUAUCGGAAUAACUGCAACGAUACGAACGAUUCAGGCAUCGACCUUCUGUAAUGUGAUAAUUGCGAAGACAUAUACGUACGAUUCAGGCAUCAAACUAUUGUGAUAACUGCGAAGAUAUGUAUAAUUGUUAUUAUGAUGUUUUCGAUAUAAUUUUUAUUUAUAAGGCAUAGUUUAUGAAAAAAAAAGAUUUUGUCUCAAUACCGAGGACUCUUAUCCAUAAACAUUUAGACAUUCCAAUGUUCCUUUAGGUUCUACAGUUAGUCAAAGAGGUGAUAUUGUUUUCUGCUAAUUUUAGAUGAAACUUUUGAACACUUAUUAGAGUUUGCCAUAAUCAAUUUACCAAAAUCUUAAAUUGUUAGAAAUGGUUAUACGAGAAUAUGUAAAUAUACUUUCAAAUGAUUUCUUCUCAUUUGUUAUAUGAGAGGUGUAUGACUUUAUCCAGUGAAACAAGUGUAAUAUAAUUGCAAACAUGUCAAUACAAUAUUUGGUUUAUACAAAAGAUGCAAACAAUGAAACGUACUUCAUUUAGAUAAAGGCGAUUUAAAAAGAAUUGUGACGGUUUUGUUCAGACUAAUCUUUACUUAAGAAAGAGAAGAAACUUGUCAAUAAGUCUAUAAUCAUGCU